AUGGCCAAGCUCGCUGAGCAAGCCGAGCGUUAUGAAGAAAUGGUUGAGAGCAUGAAGCAAGUUGCAAAACUUGAUGUUGAGCUGACUAUGGAAGAGAGGAAGCUUCUAUCUGUUGGGUACAAGAAUGUUAUUGGUGCCCCCAGAGCUUCAUGGCAGAUCAUGUCCUCUAUUGAACAGAAGGAGGAGUCUAAGGGAUAUGAGCACAAUGUUAAACUCAUCAAAGACUAUCGCCAGAAGGUUGAGGAUGAACUCACUAAGAUUUGCGGCGACAUCCUCACAAUCAUUGACGAGCAUCUGAUACCAUUCUCUGUACUUCAACUCUCUGGCUCCGGAGAAGUCACUGUUUUUUACUAUAAGAUGAAAGGUGAUUAUUUCCGAAACCUGGCUGAGUUUAAGACUGACCAAGAGAGAAAAGAAGCCGCUGAGCAGUCACUGAAGGGCUAUGACGCUGCUUCUGCAACUGCCAACACGGAUCUCCCGUCAACCCACCCGAUUCGUCUUGGGCUUGCUUUGAACUUCUCUGUGUUGUACUAUGAGAUUAUGAAUUCUCCUGAAAGGGCUUGUCACUUGGCUAAGCAAGCUUUUGACGAGGCUAUUUCAAAGCUGGACACAUUGAGUGAGGAGUCGUACAAAAACAGCACCUUGAUUAUGCAGCUGUUGAGGACAAUCUCACUCUCUGGACCUCUGAUUUGCCAGAAGAUGGCGGCGGUGAGGAUAAUCCAAAAAGUGAAGAAUCCAAGCCAGCAGAGGCUGCUGAGCAUUGAGGCAUUCAGUCAUGUCAUGCUGAGGCUAAAGAGCUAA